CUGCUGCAGCUCGUCUUGUGUUUGCCAGAUCAGCCAGACAACGACCGUUCAAUGAGAUUACUGUCUGUCUCAGCUGGUCGUCCACAAGUAUGCAGUCCGGUUUUCUAAUUGUCGCUUUUCUCUUCACGUUCAGUCUUUCCAGCGGAGAAAGAGCGCUCAAGUUUGUGACUGUGCUUUACCGUCAUGGCGACAGAUCUCCAAUCAAGGCCUAUCCAACUGAUCCCUAUAAGGAGAGUGACUGGCCCCAGGGUUUUGGACAGCUAUCUCAGGAGGGAAUGAAGCAGCACUUUGAACUGGGCCAGUUUUUAAAGAAACGGUAUACAGGAUUCCUGAGUGAGGACUAUAACCGGCAUGAGAUAUUCAUAAGGAGUACAGAUGUUGAUCGCACUCUAAUGAGUGCAGAAGCGAACCUGGCUGGCAUGUUCCCCCCUAAUGGUUCUGAGGUGUUUAAUCCAGAUUUGAAAUGGCAACCAAUACCUGUUCACACUGUCCCAGCGGACGAAGAGAAGCUGCUUUCAUUCCCUUUGGAUGACUGUCCACGUUACACGCAGUUAAUGAACGAAACAGAAAAAAACGCCAUUUUUCUUAACAUGACUGAGACCUACAGGGCCUUCAUAGAGAUGGUGAAAAAUAAAACCGGGCUGGAGAAAACCAACAUUGAGACUAUUUGGAGUGUGUAUGACACAUUGUUCUGUGAGGCAAAACAUGGGAAGCAAGCACCUGACUGGGUAACUUCAAGUGUAAUGGAGACGCUGAAGGUGUUAAAGAACUUUGGUUUUCAGAUUAUGUUUGGUGUCUACAAGAGAAAGGAGAAGUGCAGGCUUCAGGGAGGACUGCUGUUAGAUCAGAUCAUUAAGAACCUCUCAAAUGCAGCAGCAAUGGACUCUAAACAGAAAGUCAAGAUGAUUGUAUACUCAGCGCACGACACAACAAUUGUAGCCCUACAGGAAGCUCUGAACGUCUUUAAUGGCCUGCAGCCACCUUAUGCCUCAUGUCAUCUAUUUGAACUCUACCAGGAAGAGAAUGGGAUGUUUUCAGUGGAGAUGUUUUAUCGCAAUAACACCAAUGUGUUCGAUCCAUACCCCGUGUCUUUACCUGGCUGUUCCCAGCGCUGCCCCCUACAGGACUUUGUGAACCUCACACAUGAAGUCAUACCGAAAGACAGGAAUAAAGAGUGUCAGAUACAGAAGGAAACCACAGACACUGAGGUCAUCAUCGGGCUGGCUGUGUGUGGAUUUCUUCUCUUCCUCCUAAUACUGCUGCUGUUUGUAGUGCUAUGUCGUCUAAAAGAGCCCAUGGCUAGCUACAGUCAUGUGAUAAACGAGAGUGACUCCUGACAAUCAUAUCAGCUCCUCCGCAAAGAGGAACUGUGGGACAGUGAAGAGGACCUAUGAGGACACACCGCCAAGUUGUUGAAAAAGAUUUAAGCCAACCCGAAAAGGCAGUUGUAACUCCUUUUUGCCAUACAUUUUUUUUUAUAUUGGAAGAGUUGGUCAUUUUUUAUUGCUUACUUGUAACCGUAACUUUUGAGAGAAAAAAGGGUAUCAAGAGUUGGGAUGGUGUCAAUAGAAUUAAUUUAAACAGUGCUUAGUGCACAGACCUGUAACUGAGCAGCCGUGACCUCUGGCUCUGGGAUUUUAUUGUAACAGAAGAUUGCGUGCAAAAGUCAACGAAGGAACUAAAACUUGAACUGAAAAUAUCUCUUGAGACUGAAGCUCCUCCAGAGAUGUGAGUCCGCUCUGAAACACAGACAUCGUUGAUGUCAUGCUUGUUUGCAUUCCCAGGCCAUUAAUUCUACUAUAUUUGUGAAUGCAUGAAGAUACAGAUGUGGCCACGAAAGACUACUGAAUACACACUGAGGCCUUAUAAUGUACUCGCUGAAUUUUACCCUCAUGCUUUUUAUGUGAUUAUCUCCUGAUUUACAGCCACAGAAAAGUUUUGAUUGGUAAAUUUCAGAAUAACUACAUGCUGAACCGUAUUUUCAGGUUAAGCGCAAAUGAGCUUUUAUUGGAGAAAUUAUUUUAAUCUUGGGCGGUUUCCUUAAUGAUUCAUCAUUCCUCGUGGAUCACAUUAAUAUAAAUUUAAUUUUAUAUUCCGUUAUGAAAGAGAGAGAAAAAAAAAAUCAGGUCCAGGUGCAUCAUAUUUAAUACAAAAUGGACUGAUAAACAUGCCCAGUAAGUAAAAAAACAGUUGUAUUGUUUUUUUUUUCUUUUUGAUAAUUUUUUUUUUUACUGUCUUGGCAAGACAAAAAAUGAUUAGUAGAUUGAUUAGUAGUUGAAAUUCUGAUGACGACAACCUUUUUGAUUUUAUUUUAUUUUCAUCAAAUACAAAUAAAGUUUGACAGGACAACUGUUUUAAACAAUAGACAAUCUUUCAUGUACCAGGUCAUUAACAUCAUGUUAAUAGUUAACAUGGAGGCUUAUAAUACAUGUGUAGUGUCAGGAAAAGAGCUUUUUACCAAGAAUAUAUAACCCAAAAUGUUUUAUGUGUAAAUCUAGCUUUAAAAAAAAAACAAAAAAAAAACUUUCUUUGCUUCCAAUAUGGGGGUGUCCCUUCAACAUCUGUGUCAUUUACGGUCCUGGGGCCCCAUUUAUAAGACAUGCAUGGAAUGGUCUUGUGAUGUAACAACAAUGCACAAAAAUGUCCCUAAAUGCAUUACUAAAAUUGCAGUUCAUGCACAAUGUGAAGAAAUACAUCAGCACAACCUACACAAUGCACAUUAAUAUCCCUUAUAUUAGUAUAUAAUUUGCUAAUUGCAGUGACAAAUUGCACAUCACAAAGUGGUGAAAAUAUUGCUCAUUUGGGAACAUAAUAUAAAUGUGCCUAUUUAUCUUGACAUUGUUCUUAAUUAAGUUUAAUUACUGGUUUAUGAGUUUAAGUUCAUAAUCAAUGCUAAAUCCAAACGUGUUCCUUGCUUUUGACACAGAAUCAAAAUCUGAUGCAUGUUAUAAAUGAAGCCCCAGUUUCUGCAAGGUAUUGUGAAAUCAUGAAUACACCAGCAGAGCAUAAACGUUAGAGACUAAAUGCAUACACGGUACAAAUGUUGUUGUUUUUUUUUCACACAUUCUCCUAAAAUGCAACUUUCUUUGUAAUUAAUGUAUGCUUUAACAAGAAUAGAAAUGUUUGUACACUUGUACUGCAAGUAGACCUUUAUCUGGACCAGUCCAGAUCAGUGCAACUGUUGGAGAACAUACAAAUUCAGUCAAAACUAAUCAACACAAAAUAACACCAAACGUUUUCCCUUCGUA